AUGGCUAAAAAUCUCAUUGGACAAGUGGAGAGGAACCCUACUAUUCCUGUUAGUGCCUUACAUGAAGAGCUGCAAAAAAAAUAUGAAGUGGGGUUUUUAAGGAUGAAAGCUUUUAGGGCUAAACAAAUCGCUCAAAAACAAGUGUUUGGGGAUUUUCAAAAGCAAUAUGCUUUACUCAGGGAUUAUGGAUUAGAACUAAUUGAACCAAAUCCCAGUUCACAGUCUAGAAUCUUUAGAAGAGUUUAUGUUUGCUUGGGUGCUUUGAAGUUGGGUUUUAAAGCAGGGUCCUUCCCAGGUCAAGUUUUGUCUGCUGUAGGUCUAGAUUCAAACAACGGAAUCUACCAUCUAGCCUACAGUAUUGUUGAAGCUGAGACUAAAAGUUCAUGGAGUUGGUUCUUAGAGUGUUUAGCAGAUGACCUAGAUUUAAAUGCAUCUUCAAACUUCACCUUUAUUUCUGACAGACAAAAAGGUAUCAUACCUGCUAUCAAUCAGAUGUUCCCAAAUGCUGAGCAUAUAUAUUGUUUACGACAUAUUCAUGAGAAUAUGAGGCUGCAUUGGAGGGAUACAAAGUACAAGGACUUCUUAUGGGACAUUGCAACAACAACUACAAUUCCACAUUUUGACAAUGCAAUGGAGUUGUUCAAGAAGUAUGAUGUUACAACACAUGAUUGGUUGAAGAAAAUUACAGCAACACAUUGGAGUAGAGCUCAUUUCAGUGGAAGGGCAAAGACACACAGCUUGACAAAUAACUUGUGUGAGGUAUUUAAUUCAAAAAUCAUUCAUGCUAGAGACAAACCCGUGAUAACUUGUUUGGAAUAUAUUAGAGAAUACUUGAUGAAAAGGAUAGUUUUUGUUCAAAAAUCCGUUGACAAAUCUAAAGGACCACUAACACCAACAGCUACAACCAUUUUAGAAGGUAUUAAGAAAGAAGCAACUCAAAAUGUGUGCAUUUUUAAUGGUGCUGAGAAGACACAAGUGACCACUCUAAGGAAGGACCAAUAUGUGGUCAAUUUGAAGAAAAAAACUUGUACUUGUAUGUAUUGGGAACUCAUAGGCAUUGUUUGUAGUCAUGCUGUGAGUGAAAUUUGGGACAAAAUCAAGUAUGGUGGAAAAAAAGUACCUGAUAUAGAGGCAUGGGUUCAUCCAGUUUAUUGGCUUCAAACAUGGGCUGAUAUGUAUAGCCAUAAAAUAGACCCUAUUAAUAGAAAGAGCAUGUGGCGCAAAUCAGCAUGUCCUUUUAUACUAAUGCCCCCUAAACAUCAUAUUCAGGUUGGGAGGCCAAAAAAGAAGAGAAAGAAAGUUGUAGGUGAGGUUGUGACUACAGGGAAAGACUUGAGCAGAAAGUACAUCACAAUAACCUGCAGCAAGUGUGGAAACAAAGGGCACAAUCAAAGAAGCUGUAAGGGUCAAGGUGGAGAAAGAGAAAGGAUGAGUGAUGGUGGUAAUGAAGUGCAGAAGAAAGGCAAAGCAGUGGCUGAUGGGUGA